AUGAAGUUGUUUCAUUCAAUUCUCGUCUUGGGCGCAUCGCUUUACCCUCAAGUUUAUGGUGAAAGUGGCGUUCAUACCAAUGACAUUGGCUACGGUCCUUCUUCUCCGGUUCCCACAGCUGCCACAAGUCCAGCUGGAGUACCAGCAGACGUUCUUGGGGAUGGUGACAACGCCGCGCUCAACGCUUACUGUCUACAUUCGGGAUGCUAUACAUCGACAAUUCUGAUCACACGGACUUUUACCUUGCCCACAAUCUCAAAAGUCUCGUGGCCCACCAAGUGGCCGCAUCCUACCAAAUGGCCGUAUCCUACGAAAUGGCCGUGGCCUACCGACUGGCCCACAAAGUGGCCUGAAGACCCUAAAACCGUCACUGAAACUGUGACAGAAACAAUCACCGUGCCAGGCCCACCUACGACUAUCACAGUCCGGGUAACGGAAACGAUCACGGUGCCAUAUACCACGACGGUCAUUACAACGGUGGUUUCUACAGACAUCAGGACGACAGUAAUUGAGGAAACAGAGUUUACGACUGUCACUGUAACUGAUGAAGAAACAGUGACACUUCCACCAACAACAAUUAUAGACGAGGAAACAGUGACGCUUCCACCGACAACAAUUAUAGACGAAGAAACAGUGACACUUCCACCUGAAACUAUUGUCACCACUCUACCUCCGGUUACUACAACAAUCAUAAUUACCUUGCCUCCAGUCACAAGCGUAGUUACUACUACGCUUCCUGCUAGUACAAUAACGCUUCCCGGUAGCGUAACCACGCUCCCAGCCGAGACCAUAACCAUCACAACAACCUUGCCCGCCAGCACGGUGACGGAAACCACCACCAUACCGGGUAAAGUGACCACAAUUAUUCAAACUGUUCCUGCAACGAGAACCCUUACUGGAACCGACCGAACAGUCACAAGAACCGUGACGCAGAUUUCAGUCUGCCCAUCGCGCACCGUGAACCCAACCUUCACACCACGCCAGCCACUUCCAUCGAAUUACUUAUGGGGUUGCCCCCCAGGCUCGCUUUGCAGACCAAAUCGUACCCCCGAGGACGGCGAUUGUAAUUUUGAAGUCGGCCCCCCAAGUCUGAAUUUUUUCUGCAGUCUGGAUGAAUGCAAGGCGAUCCCUCCACUACACCCCCCGCAAUUCUGGGGCCCACCGGUGGUCGGGGAUAGGGUCGAAAAAUUUAUCAUUUCCCCCGGAUAUUACAACCUUGAUCCCCGGAAGUUUGGUCUCGAUUUUGACAUUUUUGUACAUGCGAAUUCGAGCGACUCACUAGAUUUACGCAAACGGCAAUCUAACGAGCCUGUACCCGCGGUCUGCUACGAAGAUUGCAAUAAUUGUGCAUUGGAAGGUGAAAGGAAAAACCUGUCGCCCGAGCUAUGUGAAAGCGGCUCAAUAUUCCUAAAUUUCUUGGAGCAUGCCAAGCUUGUAUUGAUCGUUAUCAUCACCUGGGCAGGGUACAUUUGA